CUCUCCUGACACGAAAUCUUACUCAAUUCGUGGUGAUGCACAAUAUGUUUAUGAAGCAUGUGAAAAAAGUCUAAAAAGACUCGGUAUUGAUUCAAUCGAUCUUUAUUAUGUUCAUCGCAUUGACAAAACUGUACCAAUUGAAGAAACAAUGGAUGCUUUAAAAGAACUUGUUAAAGUUGGUAAAAUAAAAUAUAUUGGUUUGUCUGAAUGUUCAAGUGAUACAUUACGACGAGCAUAUGCUAUUCAUCCAAUUGCUUGUGUACAAAUUGAAUAUUCACCAUUUAGUUUGGAUAUUGAAAGAGAUGAAAUUGGUCUUUUAAAAACAUGUCGAGAACUUGGUGUAGCUAUUGUUUGUUAUUCACCAUUAGGUCGUGGAUUAUUUAGUGGAACAAUCAAAAGUCCAGAUGAUUUUGAAGCAGAUGAUUUUCGAAGAAUAAUUCCACGUUUUUCCAAGGAAAACUUUCCAAAGAAUCUUAAAUUGGUCAAUGAAUUGACAGCAAUAGCGAAUAAAAAAGGUUGUACACCAAGUCAAUUAACAUUAGCAUGGAUUCUUGCUCAAGGUAAUGAUUUCAUUGUAAUACCAGGUACAAGCAAAAUCAAAAAUUUAGAAGAAAAUGUUGGGGCUGCUCAAAUCAAGUUAAGCAAAGAAGAAAUAAAAGAAAUUCGAGAAGCUUGUGAAAAAGCCGAUGUAGUAGGUGAACGUUAUCCUGAAUUUGCAUGUGCCAGUCUAUUUAGUGAUUCAGCUCCAAAGAAGAACUAA